AUGUCCCAGAGUGCAGGCGGGCCGCCCGGCCGCCGCAUCACCCGUCUGCUGAUUGCCAACCGGGGCGAGAUAGCAACGCGCAUAGUGUCCGCCGCCCGCGAGCUCAGAAUAGAGACGGUCACGAUAUAUACCCCAUCAGAUCUGAACCACACAUUCAACUCGACUCGGUCAGUACAACUGUCGUCGCCGGCCUCGUAUCUGAACAUUGCAGAGCUCGUCCGGAUCGCCAAGGAACAGCAUGUCGACGCUGUACAUCCCGGCUAUGGCUUCCUCAGCGAAGACGCCGAUUUCAGUCGGCGCAUGUGGGAAGAGGCCGGCAUCCACGUGGUCGGCCCCGGCUGGCGGAUCCUGGAGAGGACGGGCGACAAGCUGGCCGCCAAGGCCUUGGCCAGAGAGGCGGGCGUGCCCGUGCUGGAGGCCACAGACCGGCCGGUCGAAUUGGAGGGGGCGAGAGCCUUUAUGCAGCGCUUGGGCUCCUCCGUGCCCGUGAUGCUCAAGGCCGUCGACGGGGGUGGCGGACGCGGCAUUCGGAUUGUGCGCCAUGCCGACGACUUGCACCGGCUUGCCAGGCUCGCCAUGGCCGAGUCGCCUUCAAAGCAGGUUUUUGUCGAGCGCGCCGCCGUUGAUGGCUUCAGACACGUUGAGAUUCAGAUCAUUGGCGAUGGCACGGGGUCGGUGAGACAUCUCUGGGAGCGCGAGUGCAGUAUUCAACGACGCUAUCAGAAAAUUGUCGAGAUUGCCCCGAGCACAGUCACUGACAGAACUCUGGUCAGUCGCAUCAUUGAAGCAGCAUUGAAGAUGGCGGCAAGGAUACGAUAUCUUUCUUUGGGAACAUUUGAAUUUCUGGCAAACCCCAAAACAGGAGAGUUCUUCUUUCUUGAGAUUAAUCCGAGACUUCAGGUUGAGCAUACAAUCACAGAAGCAAUCACGGAUGUGGAUAUUGUGCAGACCCAACUGCGUAUCGCUCAGGGAGCUCGCCUGGAUGAUCCCGACGUUGGAUUUCCCCUACCAGCCCCUACAGCGGGAGAGUCGCCACCCAGAAGACAUGCGAUCCAACUGCGGGUUACAGCUGAAAAUGUCGACGCGGGCUGGUCGCUGAGUGUGGGCAAGAUACCAAAUUUUCAUUUCCCCUCAGGAAAUGGGAUACGCGUCGAUACAUCUUUGAUCGGUGGCCAUCCUUCGGUGAUCACAAGUGACUUUGAUUCCUUGAUUGCCAAAAUCAUCGUUUCCGCUGGAACUUGGGACGCUGUUUUACGAAAAGCUCGUCGGGCCCUGGAGGAUGUCCGUAUUUCGGGUAUCAAGACCAACCUUGAUGUGUUGCGCGGUGUCAUUGCUAGUGCCGCUUUUCAAAGCGGUAAUUGCGAUACGGAAUGGCUGGAGGCAAAUAUGCCGGAGCUCUUGCGCACCGGCCGCCAGAUCACAGCAACCGCAGACACUUCUGGGGUCUUUGACAGUAUCAACUCGACUUUGGAAACCAGCGGGACAAGCCUUGGUGGCAUGUCGUCUUCCACAGUCUUGUUUCGCAAAGGUGAUGCUUGGAAAAUUGAGUUGACACCAAAAUCUGGCUCGUCUGGAGGCAAUGAUCAGUCUGCCACGCACCACUUGAAAUUCGACCGGGUGCUAAGAAACGAGUUUCCAUCUCUACUCGCCGCGGACAUCUCCUAUAGCUCGCCCUCGUACCCAGAGGCCCAAGCAUUUGGUCUCACCCUGACGAGCACGCAGGCUUCCUCUUCAUCGACGCUCUCUGGCAGCAAGCACCGCAAGGGUGUCGCAUCAGAUCCACGUCACGUCGUAAUACCCUUUCCCGGACGCCUCGUCGAGGUUCUCGUAGAUGAAGGGGACGAGGUACGGCAAGGCGAUGUGAUUGCGGUGAUCCAGCAGAUGAAGAUGGAGUUGGAUAUAAGAAGCCCGAGUCACGGACGGGUCACAUGGCUCACGGAAGCAGAAGAUGGAGAGGACGUUGCCGAGGGAACCUUGGUAGCUGAGCUGGAGCUGAGUAGCGGACGAGCCAAGUUAUAG